GACUUUCGCAGUGUAUUAACAGGAAAAUCAACUGAAAUAUACCAUUCGGUGCAGCCGGUCGCAAAAAUUCUCCUUCAGACAGUUGCCGAAUUCCACCUAGCUAUCUAGCUAGUGUCAUGAAAUCCUGCCACCGUUGGGAUUCGUACUCAGAAUGAUGCCCUAAGCUACCUCAGCCGGUUAUCUUUAAAUACGAGUCUUACAAACUUUUUGAUGGGUCCGGAUGUGCUUGGAGGUUGAACUAGCAGAUUGUGAAAGUGGAAAGUCAGAGUGUAAAGUGGGAAGUAUUGGACAGGCAGACAGGUCACAGCAGAGUGUACAGGUGGAUGCUCAUUGCUGCAUGUUUUCGAAACAAUAGUUUCAAAUAAAUGCAUGUGACUUGAGAAAGUUGAGAAAGUAAAUCCACAACCAUGUUACCAUCAGGACGUGGGGCAAUGAUGAGGAAGUUCUUGGAGUCUAUGCAGGAACAAAAGGAUGAGGAAGAUCCAGUUCCACCUGAACGGCCGGUGGGUCGCGGCAGAGCUAUGUUGCUCUCUCAGACUACAGAGAUAGAGGAAGGGGUGAAGGAAAUAGCCAUUGCACGUCCCUCUGGCCGAGGGAGGAGCUUAGGAUUGCAAGCCCCUUCUGUGGCUCCCGUGAGGAGAACAAUGGAUCCAUCUGAAGGACCACCAGGACCUUCCAGAGGGGGCUCUGUGGAAGUUGCUCGACCUGUGGGUCGUGGCCGUUCUGCGCUGUUUGCAGCAUUCAUUGCUCAGAAUCAGCAGGAAAAGGCAUCCCCUGGAAAAUCUCCACCUAAAGAAUCUCGUGCAGAAUUUGUACGCAAAUCUCCAAGUCCUAAAAUGUCAAUACCUUAUACAAGUUCAUACGAACCAGAACCUGGUCCUGUAAUUCGAAAGGGAACACAUGGCCAAAUGCAAGAUGUUGUGGCUAAUUACAUUAGAUUGGAGGUUACCCAAGGAAAAGGAGUUUUCGAAUAUACAGUAGAGUUUUCUCCGGCUGAGGAUAAUAUUUCAAUGAGGACACGGAUGAUAAAUCAGCAUCUUGAGGCGCUUGGUGGUGUAAAAUCUUACAAUGGAGUCAGAUUGUUUUUGUCCAUACAGCUUAAUGGAGUGACGAGUUUUAAGUGUACGCAUCCAGUAUCAGAAAGCCUAGUGACGAUGACUCUUUAUUGUAAAGGACCUGCCAAAGAAAAAGAUUGCGCCGAUAUUUACAACAUGUUGUUUAGGAGAAUCAUGGCUCACCUGGGCCUAAAGAAUAUGGGCCGCAAAUUCUUUGAUCCUUCAGGUGCUAUUAAUAUAACUCAACACAGACUGGAAGUCUGGCCUGGAUAUGUAACUGCUGUUCAGCAGUAUGAAGGAGGAGUGCAACUGUGUUGUGAUGCCUCUCAUCGUGUAAUGAGAACAGAUUCUGUUUUGAAAGUUAUAAGUAUACUUGCAGAGGCAAAUCCUCGAAAUUACAGAGAGGAGGCCAUGAAGGUGGCCCUGGGGGCUGUUGUGUUGACUAGAUACAACAACUGUGUUUAUAGAGUGGAUGAUAUCAGCUGGGAUAGAACUCCUGAAAGUACUUUUACAAAUAGUGAUGGAAGGGAGAUAUCCUUUCAAGAAUAUUACAGAGUAAAUUACCAAAUUGAAAUCAAAGACAAGGACCAGCCUUUAUUGAUAUCACGAGUGAAACGCAGGAAAGAUCCAUCCAACAAAGAAAACGAAGUCAGGAUGAUUUGUCUCAUUCCUGAAUUGUGCUAUAUUACUGGGUUAACAGAUGCUAUGAGAGCUGACUGGAGAAUCAUGAAGGAUCUAACUCAGAAGUUGCAGCUGACUCCCUCACAACGUUAUGAAGGACUCUCAAAGUUCUUGGAGAACAUUAACAACAAUAAACAAUCCCAGGAACUGUUAAAAAAAUGGGGGUUGCAGGUUGAAGCCCUGCCAGUAAAACUUGUUGCAAGAGUUGUUAAACAGGAAUCUAUCCUUUACAAAGACGGAAAGGUAGAUUUACCUCCUGGAACUUCAAAUUGGGUUGUAAACAACCAACUUCUUGUAUCAAAAGAUAUUCAAAACUGGGCAAUUCUGCACAUUGCUCAAGAUACUAAAGUUGCUCAAGACUUCGAGAGCAAUAUGCGCAAAAUGUGCUCUCAAAUGGGUAUGAAAGUAUAUCCUGGCAGACUAGUAAAAGUAUCUGAAAACCGCAAUGAGAGCUUCCUGGAUGCUCUGAGAUCAACAAUUGCUCCGCAGUUACAGCUAGUAGUAAUAUUUUUCCCAUCGUUAAGAUCAGAUCGAUAUGCAGCAAUUAAGAAAGUGUGUUGCAUUGAACGGCCAAUUACCUCACAGGUAAUACAGAGUCGCACUUUGAGUCGCCCCGAGAAGGCUAGGAGCAUAAUCAAGAAGAUAGCCAUGCAGAUUAACUGCAAGUUGGGAGGAGCUCUUUGGGGUCUGGCCAUUCCUUUUGAGAAACUGAUGGUUUGUGGCAUGGAUGUCUAUCAUGGUCCAGCUCAAAAGCAGGUGUCUGUAAUGGGGUUUGUAGCAACCUCUGACCCUCAGCAAACAACUUGGUAUUCCAGAGUAGGAUUUGGAGGCACCAAUCAAGAACUGGCAGACAACCUUCGAGUGUGCAUGGGAGGCGCUUUAAAGAAAUACUUGGAGGCAUCUGGGUUUUAUCCGGAUCGAAUAAUCAUGUUUCGAGAUGGAGUUGGAGAUGGCCAACUCAAAAUGACUCAAGAAUUCGAAGUCCCGCAACUGUUACAAAGUUUUGGGGAUUUAGGUCUCUCCUACAAACCCAAAUUAACUGUUGUAGUUUGCCAAAAAAGAAUUAUGACACGAAUAUUUUCAGUUCAAGGUAAUUUGGGGUGCAAUCCCAGGUUGCAAAAUCCUCUUCCAGGCACUGUUCUGGACCACACAGUCACAAGACAUGACUGGUAUGAUUUCUUCUUGGUAUCCCAGUGUUCUAACCGUGGAACUGUUAGUCCUACACACUAUGUGGUGGUUCAUGAUGACGGAGAUAUUAAGCCAGAUCAUGUACAGAGGCUGACAUAUAAGAUGACUCAUUUAUACUAUAAUUGGACAGGUACAAUCAGCAUUCCAGCUCCAGCACAAUAUGCUCAUCGCCUUGCCCAACUUGUUGGACAACAUCUUCACAAAGAUCCAUCUUCAAGCCUCAGUGAUAAACUGUACUUCCUUUAACUACAAAAUCGUGUUGUUUCUGUACAAAAUAUAUUUUUAUAUUUGAAUUAAGACGUGUGCACUUCAUGCACAUUAAGUAUAUUUUUGUAAUUUGUUCUAGAAAAAUUUAGAUAAAAAAACAGUGUAAAAUUUGAGAGUAUGUUAUGUUGUUUUUUCUUCCCUUUUCAUAAUUUGAUCUGAGUAUAUCUUGUCCUUGAAUGCAUGUAAAAAUAUACUUGUAAACUUUUAUUAAGAAAAUAACAAAUAUACAAAUUUUACACGAGUUCAAGGACCAGAAGAUGUAGUACAAUGUUUUUAAAGUUACCAUCUAUUUCAGUAAGGAAAAUUUUAGUCCAGGUACUAGUUUUAUAUGGUUUCUAAUAUUUUCUUUGUUUUAUUUAUUUGUUGUUGACACUGCAAUAGUGAACUGUCAUAAUGAAUGGUUUUGUAACUAAUGUUCUGAAAGUUUUUACCAUAUGUUGUGCAGAUUGUAAGAUAUAGAAGUAUUUAUUUUAGUUUAUCCUAAUGUUUGAAAUUAUGAUAAUUGCUUUGAAACUUGAUUAGGCAUCUUACUCAAUUUGAAUUUCAUUUUCUAUGUGGUGCCACUCUGAGGAGUCAGAAAGGUGAUAUAAAAAAAAUAAAAAAAUUGAAGAGUUUAACAAACCCACACGUUUUAUUCAUGAACUCUAAAUGAGUUUGAAAUUUGAAUAUUCUGUUUUCUAUAAAGGAGAAUUCAAAGUACAAAAUGGUGGGCAUUGUCAAUUUAUGCACUUAAUAAUUUUUGAGAUAAUAAAUUUAAAAAAAACACAAAAUUGUUGCAAUUAAUACCUACAUUUUUUGUUUGGAAUUUGUACAAUGUAUGCAAUCAAGAUGAAUUUCGAAUAUUAGAAAUUCAACACGACUACCUACAACCCUUGGCAGCGCCUCAAGGGGUAAAUCCUGCCCCCUUCUCUUCAAAAGUUUCAUUUCUACAUUUUUUUUUUUAUCAUUUGUAUCUGGUAUUUAAUUAAUAAUUUAAACAUUUUCUUUAUGUAAAAAAUGUAAUGAUUAUUGAUUAAACAAAACUAGUGGUGCUAUAUCGCAUAUUUUCUUGUAUUUCUAAUUGUUCUGUAAAUACUAAAGAUGUA